CCGUGAUCUCGCUUGAGUUGCCCAGCCGUGCGCUACAAUUUUAAACGACAAAACAUUUUCAUUCCGUAUUUGCAUACGCAUACACCUGUUAUGCUAAGUCGUUUUCAGCCUUUUAUCUCUUUUUCGGACUAUUUCCUGGAUUUGGAUUUGGAAUAGCGUGGACAUUUAGUUUAUGUUACAUAUAAUUAUUGGAGGGUUUAACUCCGAAGGACCACUCCAGUCAAAAUGUCAAUUUUACCUUUUACACCUCCGAUUGUGAAAAGACUUUUGGGUUGGAAAAAGGGAGAGCAGAAUGGGCAGGAGGAGAAGUGGUGCGAAAAGGCUGUGAAGAGUCUUGUGAAGAAACUGAAGAAGACGGGACAGCUGGACGAACUGGAGACUGCCAUCACAACACAGAACAUCAACACCAAGUGCAUCACCAUACCGAGGUCUCUGGAUGGCCGUCUGCAGGUGUCCCACAGGAAGGGUCUUCCCCACGUCAUCUACUGCCGACUGUGGCGCUGGCCCGACCUGCAGUCGCACCACGAGCUGCGCGCCAUCGACCUGUGCGAGUUCGCCUUCCACAUGAAGAAGGACGAGGUGUGCGUCAACCCCUACCACUACCAGCGCGUGGAGACGCCGGUACUGCCCCCGGUGCUGGUGCCCCGGCACACGGAAAUCCCGGCCGAGUUUCCCCCGCUGGAUGACUACAUCCACUCCAUCCCAGAGAACACCAACUUCCCCGCCGGCAUCGAGCCGCAGAGCAACUACAUCGCAGAGACCCCCCCGCCUGGCUACAUCAGUGAGGACGGGGAGACCAGUGACCAUCCGAUGAGCCACAGUAUGGACACAGGCUCACCGAACCUUUCACCAAGUCCAGUGUCUCCAACGCACAGUAACUUAGACCUGCAGCCAGUGACAUACUGCGAGUCGGCCUUCUGGUGCUCCAUCUCCUACUACGAGCUGAACCAGCGUGUGGGCGAGACCUUCCACGAGACCUACCUGCAGCCAGUGACAUACUGCGAGCCGGCCUUCUGGUGCUCCAUCUCCUACUACGAGCUGAACCAGCACCUGCAGCCAAUGACAUACUGCGAGCCGGCCUUCUGGUGCUCCAUCUCCUACUACGAGCUGAACCAGCACCUGCAGCCAGUGACAUACUGCGAGCCGGCCUUCUGGUGCUCCAUCUCCUACUACGAGCUGAACCAGUCGGGGUGUGCGUUUUAUACUACAUCGAUUGGGGAGGUGUUUACCGAUGCCUCGCUGACAAGCGCCAUCUUUAUCCAAACCCCAAGCUGCAACCAGCGCUACGGCUGGCAUCCUGCCACCGUCUGCAAGAUCCCCCCAGGUUGCAACCUGAAGAUCUUCAACAACCAGGAGUUUGCGGCCCUCCUGGCCCAGUCGGUGAAUCAGGGCUUUGAGGCCGUCUACCAGCUGACCCGGAUGUGCACCAUCCGCAUGAGCUUCGUCAAGGGCUGGGGUGCAGAGUACAGGCGUCAGACGGUGACCAGCACCCCCUGUUGGAUCGAGCUGCACCUCAACGGGCCACUGCAGUGGCUGGACAAAGUGCUCACUCAGAUGGGCUCCCCGAGCAUACGCUGCUCCAGUGUCUCAUAAGACGACACUCACACACACACACACACACACACAUACACACAUAUACACACAACAAGCACAGGCGCACAUCAUAAUCUCGCACACGCACAGACACACACACACACAUACACACACACACACACACACACCACAGACACUCACACGCACGCACACCACACCAAACACCAAACACUCACAUAUAAAUACAGUCCGUUUACAAGCACUCACAUAAAUAACACACCCACUAUCUGACGCACACACUUUAGAGUGACAGGAAACGUACAGACCAAAACUAAACUGUCAAACCAAGAAAGCGACUGGAAGAGGCUGUUGGAGAGAGCAACCUCCCACCCACUCCUCCACUCACUCCUCCACCCACUCCUCCCUGGGCCACUCUCAGGAGCACUUUGAUUCUGAUGUGUGUGAUGUGCAACAGGGAAAGCACAUCACAAAUAAUGCUUUUUUUGUUUGUUUGUGUUUUUUUCCUGACAUUGUCCAUAUCAUUUGAUUUUUAAAUACAUUAAUUGUUUUGGCAGGUGGUGCCAAAAUGCUCAUACACAUGCGAACUACAUGAUUUGUUUAUAUACAAGCAAUAAGGUUUUAAAAAAAGAAAGAUGAUUUUUUUAGCUGUGCAUACCUAAUUUGGAGUAGUGGUGCUAGUUAGUGAGAAUUUUAAGAGCAUUGAAUUUUAAGUGUUGAAACAGUUUUUUGUACAGUACCAAGUUUCAUACAUUUAUUUUUUGUAUUUUUUAUUGUGAUUUCAAUUGCCCAGUGUUGUGAAUUAAUUUCUUGUAAAGUCUUGAAUGUCUUGUAAAGACUUUUACUCUCUACUCUCCUGAGCAGUAUAGAAAAAUAGAUGCAUCAAUUUUCUAAUUUUUCUUAACAAUUGUGUAUUCUGUGUGUGUGUGUGUGUGUGUGUGUGUGUGUGUGUGGUCACGUCUUUGUUUCUUUAACCUGUAAGGCAUGCUGUUCUUCCCCAUGUUUAGGUAGCUACAGUCUAGCCACACACUAGGUGAAGCAUUAAGCCUCUUCUCUGCAUGCAGCCUAAGUCUCCCUUUAUGACUGUUGGAAGGGGUGCCUGCGUUGAGACACCUAAUCAGAAGUGAAACCUCUCUGAAGUGCGGAACAGGUGUGGUGCUGUCUGUCUGGGUCUGACUCAUAACUGUCACUUUUUGUCAGUUUUUUUGGGGGGGGGAGUUGUGCCAAGCUUGUGUCCACUUAUAUCAAACAGGACAGCGUCUGCUCUCUCUAAUCUGACCACCCACUGUCCAUCUGGUGUUUGCUUGCAUUUGUUGUUCAGAUGUUGGCCAUUCUGUAGUGGUUGAGACGAUUUUGACUGCCUUUGUCUUGCUUGCAUUGUUUCAAGGGAGAUGUUUUUUUUUUUUUGUGAAAAAAGUUCCGACAUUUGCUCUCAGACUGAGAACAGUUGCCAUUAGCAGUCGAGCCACUAAGUAUUGUCUCUCUUCAGUCCUAUGACCAGCUUCAGAGGAGGUGGAUUGGCAAAGGAUCUGCCUAGGAUAGAUGAUAUAGUGUAUAUAUUUAUAUAUUCCGUCUAUAUAUUUAUAGCAUCAAAACUGCAUGUGAGCACCGUUAUGCUCUGAGUAUGUCUUAUACUGUACAUAUACACACACCUCUCCCUUAUGCCAGUACACAUGUGGGGAGGGGAGUAUACUCUGUGUUUUAUGAGGGGGAUGAGAAGAUGGUGCUUACUUCAUCGAUAAGUGAUAGACGGAAGUGCUUGCCUUGCCUCAGUCUCCUAUUUAGCACUAAUACUUCCUGGUUACAUUUGCAAAGUUUCCUCAUUAGGCUUACAGAGAAACUCCAGAUCACACAGUUUGCCACAGUUUGCUCAUUGUCUGUUCUAGUAACAAGGAAAUUGCGUGCACCAGAGAAAGGCAGUCUUGUGCCUCUCCAUGCAAAGUGAUGUACUCUCACCUGCCGUUUAUGUGCAGUGAGUAUUCCAUGAACCAAGUUUAGCCCUUGUUCAGAGUUAUGUUGUCAAAACAGCUUCCUCUCAGGACCAUUGUGGGUUUUAAUCUCGUCUUGAUUCAAACUAGACGUGUUCUGUACAUACAUAUACAGAAACAGUAAUGCAUGCUUAUUUUCUGAGAUUUUUUCACUUUUUGUAUUCUAGAUUCUAUUUUGCUACCAAAUAUUUUUGUAGGAGUGGGAAUGUUUUAUAGCAACGUACUGCAUUAUUGAUCGCUCCUUGCCCGUACAGGGGAGAACAGAUAAGCCAAGAGCUGACAACUUUGGGGAUAAGGAAUUUCUCUAUGUUUCUCUAUGUUUUUUUAUUCUGUAUGUUUAUUGUGACAGAGGGGGAGAGUUUGAUUAGAUGUUUCUGAAAUAAAAGGGAACGCUUGACAUGGUAGGCUGUGUACAUAUUUAAACCAAGACCAGUUUUGUGUGCAGUCAGUGGUUUCUUUUUUAAAUUCUUUUGAGGAGCAGUCGCUCACUCCUCUGAGACUGUCUUUGUACUUCUUUGGAGGAAGGAUGAAAAAAGCCCCUCGAACACUUCAGAGGGAUCUGAGAAACCAGUGCUGUUAACUUCCCCUACUUUUUUAAAACCUUUGGUAAACACAGAGGGGUAAACCGAUAUUUGGGUUUGUCGAGGAUGGCACACAAGGUCCACUUCACCCUCCCUGCGGUCCGCCUGGCCUGUGUGGGCCAAGGGCAGUGCCGUCUCUGAGGCUGGCACAGACACAAUGGCGGGGCUCAUUAGUCAGCGGUGCAUGGAGACUCCCUCUUUCACACACACACAGCACUUACAGUGGUACACUUAUGCUCCUUGCACUUCCGAUGGCGCGCAUGGUCCACCAUAUUUAAGUUCGAGAAUAAUUGGUUGAAAAUGAACAAAGUUAUGUCUGAGUCUCACUUGUCUUGAUUCUGUAGUUUCCCCCCAAACACACAUUUAUAUAUAUAUAUAUGUGUGUAUAUUUAAAUUUUGUUAUAUCUGAAGUGUCAUAAACUGAUGUUUUUUGUUGAAUCAGUGGAUUCACUUAAAAGCUAUUGAAAUCUUUAUUACAUUUUUGUAAGCGACUUUGUUAAGUCAAUUAUGGAUUGGCUGAUAUUUGUUUCAGGUUUUCUAUGUACUUAGUUUUGUACAAGUUGUGCUUGAAGUUUGUUAGGUGUUUGUAAAAAGAUAUAUCAUUUAUCAUUGCUUCCACAAUUGUAGUUAAACUGAUUCAAUGAAUUGUGUUUUGGCUCUUGUUGUUUAAUAAAAAAAAAUGUGUAGGCCUAUC